GAUCGCUCCAGCCGACUGCUAGAAAGAAGGGUUUUAUUAGUAUGUACCGAAGCGCUCUUUUUAGCGGUUUUGUAAACAUUUUGGUCUUCUUUAACAAAUUAGCAAAUAAUUUUUAAACCGCUCGAUAGAUUUUUUUUAAAAUUUAAGAUUCUUGAGAUUAACCUUUCUUUUAUAUGACCUUUUAGUUUCAAGAUUAUUGAUACAUUGUAAGGCAGUAAAAUAAGGGCUACAAUUCGUUACUUUUCUAUCGGAAGUUUCGUUAUGACAAGUGAAAACCUCUCAUUAUUCAAGGCAUUGUCUCCAAGUUUCAUUUUCACGUGAACAACAGUAACUAACAAUGCAUUUGAAAUAUGCAAAAAUGCUAGCUAUUGUUAUGCGCGAAAAUAUGAACCUUGGAGACCAUACCCUGAAUAAUGAGAGGCUCACAUUUGUAAACACAAAAUUUCUGCCAAAAUAUUGGCGAAUUUUAGCCCUUAUUUUACUGCCUUACAAUACAUCAAUCAUCUUGAAACUAAAGGGUCAUAUAAAAGGAAGAUUAAUCUCAAGAACAUUAAUUUUUUAAAAAAAUCUAUCGAGCGGUUUAAAAAUUAUUUGCUAAUUUGUUAAAGUAGACCAAAAUGUUCAAAAACCGCUAACAAAAGCACCCCGAAACAUACCAAUCAAAUCCUUCUUUCUAACAAUCGGCUGGACAUAUCUCCACGGUCUUUCACACACGUUUUUAAAAAGAUUGAAACUACCGUGAGGUGAAAUUGCAUGUAAAAAGCGCUUCAUUUUCUACAGAUAACAGCCGAACAUCAAGAUUAUCCAUUUUUUACCGUAUUUCUAACCAUAAAAUCUUUAUCCCAAAAUAUCUCGAUAACGCUCUUACAGAUUUCGCUUAAACUUCACGAACAUCGAGGCCGCUAUUGGAGGAAAAAGCUCCCGUGAAUGAUUUUGGAAGAACAGUUCCCAGUGCCGAGAAAUACUUCUGUAAGUAAAAUAGGUAAUAGCGUCAUUUCGUUGCUAUGACAACUCCAAUGUCAUUGCAACCCUGAUCAUAAAAGAUUUUCAUCUUUAUCUAAUACAACUGUGGUGGCAAUUUUUCCAAAACUUUGUUUAUGGCGACGUAGUUUAUGCUCAAACUUGGGAGGUAUUGGCCUUGAAAAACUGUAUCGAGCCACCUUAACUGGAGGUGAAAACCUGCAGACAUAUGCAGAACUUUACUGCUCUGUGGAAAUUACUGGAGAGGUACAUGGGCAGCUCAUUUUUCUCUCUGUCAUCAACAUUUUUCUGUCAAUUACAGCAUUUUUGGGGAAUACUCUGAUCCUAGUUGCCCUUCACAAAGACACAUCAAUUCAUCCGCCAUCCAAACUCCUGUAUCGUAACCUAGCGAUAACUGAUCUUUGUGUUGGUAUCAUUGUCGAGCCCCUGAAUGUUGCUCAUUGGAUAUCUGUGGUGAACAAAAGAUGGGAUAUUUGCUAUUACACAUAUUUGUCAGCACAUUUCGCAGCUGUUACUUUGUGUUCAGUGUCGUUGAUAACACUGACUGCAAUAAGUGUGGACAGACUUCUCGCUUUGCUACUGGGUUUCAGGUACAGACAAGUUGUAACUUUGAGAAGAACAUGUUUAAUUGCUAUUGGUGGUUGGAUUGUGUCCGUUGUCGGUUCAUCUACAUCCUUUCUGAAUCUUCUUAUAGUUUCAUUGUACAAUUAUAUUGCUUCAGCUUUUUGUUUAGUUACUACAAUCUGUGCCUACACAAAAAUUUUCAUGUCUCUGCGUCAUAACCAAGUUCAUGGUCAGAACCAUGUUCCUCAAUCGAGCCAAGCAAAUACACUGAAUAAAGCUCGAUACAGAAAGGCAGUGUACAGUGCACUGUGGGUGCAGGUAACAUUGGUUAUUUGUUAUCUUCCGUACGGUAUCGCCGUAGCUUUAACAAUUCAAAUUUAG